GCCUGUCGCACCGCGCAUGGGAAGCCACGAGACCAUUUCCACGCCGACCCGAUCGCGCUCCAUCGGUCUUCAGUCCGGGACAGCGGCGACGACUCGGAGGCACAGGCAAGUAUACGUAGUCGACGUAGGUCUCGUCCUCCUUCACGCAGAUUUUUCUGCCGUCCCUUGCGCGCUAUAUCAUUGUCCCGUCCGCAUUGCCUGUCACCCUCUCCACUACCUCCACAUUGACUCCAGGCGACAUCGACAAGCCACUCUCGGUAGGACGAAUCGCAAACACGACAUACCUCAGCAACCCCGCAUGACCACCACGCGCCGCCCACGAUGAAGUUCGGCCACGAGUACGAAACGGCACUGGCCAACGAUGGCUUCCCGCAGGAGUGGGUAGCCAAGGCCAUCGAGUACAAGAACCUGAAGAAGGCCAUCAAGAAGGUCCAUCGCGAGUUGGAGGCACUCGGCCUCGACCAGCAGACUUUGGUGGGCAUCAACGAGCUGGUACUCCACGGCGCGACACCUGCGCCGCUGAAAGUCGAACCGAAAGAUUACCUUGCUGGCACACGGCCGGCGCUUGCGAGCAUACCAGAGGAGUUUUGUCCGCAGCUGCGAAUCCUGGUCGAUAGCAAAACUGGAACGCCGUUAGAUGCCAAGUUGGCCCCCGAGACACGGAAGUCCCUGCAGAAGCUCGCGCAGCAUGACCAGGUGGUCGGCCAUCGUCAAGAGCGCAUUGGCAGUCAGGCCCAUCUACAUGCCGUUCGCGAACAAGUGACAAGCCCAGAUGAGGAUGAGAGUUCUCGCGAUCACUCGCCUGUGCGAGAUGCCGACGCGAAGUGGGUGACCGUGCCGCUCGCUUCGGCCAAGGACUUCUUCGAAAUGCUGGAGCCCAAACUCAUGGAACUCGACUCCCUUCGUGGUGCAGAACAGCUCAACCUGGAAGAAGAGAUCCUCGAUCUCGGCGGUGCCGUAGAGAAUGUGGUGCAACCAGUGCGAGAAGGCUACGAGGCGAAGCGUGGCAUGUCAUAUCGCGAUCUGUACUUUUGGCGCGAGAUGUUCCGACUGUACCUCGAGACGCCAAUUUUCUACUCCGAAACGGAGGCACGACGGGGAGCUUUGACAUAUAAAGAGGCGCGCUCGAAUCUGGAAGAUUACGACAAGAAGCUGCGGGAGACGGGGCUCAUGGAUAAGAUGAAGACACCACAGGCAAGAAUGGCCGCACAGCAAUUUCUCGACCUGAACCUGCACAUCCUGAGCAUCAUGCACUUUCAAGAGAUGAACAGUCGCGCAAUGACGAAGAUUCUGAAGAAGUUCAACAAGCGGACACAUAUCGAGGGCAACCAGUUCGUCUCGAAUCUCGCAGUCAAAUAUCCUGCGAUCAGCACCAAGUCGGCGGCAGGUGGGUUCGCGGACAGCAUCGCCCGCGACAUGUAUGCCGAGAUCGGAUCCAAGGUCCUCUCAGUCGUGCCCCAACUGGACGAUUGGAUCUGCCCCGUGUGCUAUGGCAUGGCAUGGAGACCUGUCAAUUUGGGUUGCUGUCGAUCCGUCUUUUGCAUCAGCUGCGUCAUACAGCUCCAAGACAAGCACCUGAACAAAUGUCCUAUGUGUAAUGCCGAGACUGUCAAACAAGCAAACGGCUCAAACAUUGACUUCGACACCAUGGAUUUUCUGGAGAAAUACUUCCCCAUGGAGGUCAAGAAGAGACAGAAAGAAAACGAGAAGCAAAUAUUGGUCAGGACCUACGGCGAGGAGUUUGUCAAGCCGUCAUGCUCUGUAAUGUGAUGAAGAGUCAAGAUGUGGAGUUCACGGCAGGGAUCUACAAAGUUUCAGCAAGACGCAAAGGAUACAGCGUUAUCAUGGGGGGCAUUUUGCAUUUCAAAUCUGGUUACAUUGGGAAGGGUUUGCUUUGGAGUUCUAUGGGUCGGGUAUGGAGGGAGGCAUCUUUUCCCUUUACGAUACCCCGCGCGCGUGAUUGAGCUGUCACGUCAUGGCAUGAUGAUUAAUGCGAAGAACGAUCGAUGCACAUAUGUAGCAGUCAAGCAGUGUACAUAUUCAAAAGCAGACGACAGUCACUGUCCUCA